AUGUCCAACAUUAUACCCAAUCAAAUAUCAACAGCCGCCACCUCAAAUCCAGCAGAGAUGUCUUCAUCACCGAAACCCGGUCUUUCAAAAUUGGCAAAUCGUUAUAGAGGAGCUACAGUCGAAGAUCUCGACCCUCCAUCUGCCCUCUCCUGUAACCCCACCGAUCCCAUCUCAUACGCUCUUAUGAGCGCCUUCGAACGCGAUUACACACAUCUCACCGUCGUAACCCCCGACACCCGCGCUCUCCUAGGCUAUCUCUCCAUUCCCCAUCUACGCAUCUUGCUCGAGACAGGAAAAGUGCAAGAAUCAGAUGAGGUAUCUAAAGCCAUGGUAAAAUUCAGGAGGAAGGGAAAGGUAUACAAGGUUAUCACCAUGGACACGCCGUUGGAAGAUUUAGAGUUAUUUUUCAGCGGGGGAGAGAAUGGCGAGGGGGGCAAACAGGAGUUUGCCGUUGUGACAGACGAGAGGAGAAGAUUUGUGUUGGGGGUUGCGACGAAAACUGAUUUGGAGGAGUUUGCGAGGAGGAGACCUGCUUAA